CGGGUGGUAACUAUCGCCAGCGGCCUAGGCAGGAUGGCUGUGCCUAUGAGGGCUCCUUACGUCGUCUCCAAGUAUGCUGUGGAAGGCCUCUGUGAUUGUCUCAGGUACGAGAUGAGGUCCUGGGGGGUCAAGGUGUCCAUCAUCGAACCUGGAAACUUUAUUGCUGGUACAUCUAUCUUCAGCGAGACGUCCAUCAAUGAUGCUGCCAAGACAAUGUGGGAAACCAUGAGUGAUGAUGUGAGAUCUGACUACGGCAGAGAACAUUUUGAAGCUAGAGUGAACCUCAUGAAGAAGUAUGCCAAGAUUGGGAGACGGGCAGAAGAUGCGUCUACGAAGACAGAACCAUCGUCAACCCAACAUAAUGCAGGCAACAGACAGCUAUUAGACCACAAUGUCCAUAGCUUCCAAACACACGUCAGGCUACAAAUAAGUAUAAGACGGCGACACCUGGUGAUAAUUUCAGGGUCCACCUUGUUUGCAGUGCUUGCAACAUCACCUGCAAUAUCCUACAUCCGCGAGCAUCACAUUUGGUAG